CUUCCUGACCUCGCCCGCCCCGUCCGCCCGGGUGAGCGGUGCGCCGGGCACUAGCGGGUGCGAGCGGAGACGGGAUGGAUGCGCCGCAGGAGGAGCGCAAGGGCGAGGCUCCCUGGAGGAAGAUGUCGGGAGAGGAGCUGGAGAAGCAGUACAGCCCCAGCAGAUGGACUGUCCGCCGCGGAGCAGAGGAAGCCCUGAGGACCUACUCACAGAUAGGAAGCGAGGCCACCAGGAGGGCCCGGGCCACACGGAGGAGCCUGCUGGAUAUCCCCUACGGAGCCGGCGAAGGGGAGACGCUGGACGUCUACUUCCCCGCGGCGGCGUCCGAAGCCCUGCCGCUCUUCGUGUUCCUUCAUGGCGGAUACUGGCAGAGCGGAAGUAAAGAGGAGUCGGCCUACAUGGCGGGCCCCCUGACCGUGCGGGGAGCGGCGGUGGUGGUAGUGGGUUACACCUUGGCCCCCAAAGGGACCCUGGACCAGAUGGUGGACCAGGUGGCCCGGAGCCUCGCCUUCGUGCAGAAGCGGUUUCCGUGCAACGAGGGGAUGUACCUGUGCGGACACUCGGCCGGGGCCCACCUGGCCGCCAUGAUGCUCCUGGUGAACUGGACCGAGCGGGGAGUCACGCCCAACCUCAAAGCCUGCUUCCUGCUGAGUGGGAUCUACGACCUGGAGCCCAUCGUGAACACCUCUGUGAACGCCCCUCUGCACCUGACCCCGGAGGAUGCUCUGAGGAACAGCCCACAGUGGCACCUGGAGGCGGCCUCCGCGAAGCCCAGGGGUCCAGCCUGCCCCAUGCUGGUGAUCGUGGGCCAACAUGACAGCCCUGAGUUCCACAGGCAGUCCAGGGAGUUUUACCAGACCCUGUGCCGAGCGGGGUGGCGAGCCUCCUUCGAAGACCUCCAGGACGUGGAUCACUUUGAGAUGGUCUGGAAGCUGACCCAGCAGGACUACGCACUCACCCAGAUUAUUCUGAAAACAAUCUUCCAAGAGUCCUGAUGGGCCCCAAGCCCCAGCCGCCGUGCACCCGACCUGCGAGUCUUCUGCAAAGGGCCGGACCGCUCCCCCCAACCAGCCUCCGCUUCCCGGGAGCCCUGUAGCCUCCAUAUGUCCACCUGCCCUGGCAAGAGCCCCGUCUUCCCCCUGCUCUGAGCAGGAUCCCCGUCUCCGUGGCCGCGCCCUGGUCGGAAUCAAGCCGCUGCAGGGACAGGCCAGCCCAGGGCAACGCUGCGUGAUGCCAAGUCUGAGCCCACCGCCUGCUGAGAAAGGAGACAGAAACGACAGCUCCGACCCUGCAUGCCCGGACACACACCUUUCAAAACAAAUCAGAAAAGAAUAGUCUUUUGUCACAUGUAAAAGUGAUAUAAAAUUCAAAUGUCCGUAUCCAUAAGUACAUUCAUACCUUCAUUCAUCUA